UGACAAAGUGGGGACGGCAUCGACGUCAGCCAUCAUGGAAGCAUACGGACAAGUCUGGAGACUAUGUGCAAUCACAAAAGCCUCAUAAUAAUUAAUCCCAACUCAACAACCUUCGGAACUAUCGUAAAAAGAUCGAAUCAAGAACACUAUCAAGAUGCGUUACUCUUACGUUGCUGCUACUCUCGUCGGCUCGGCCCUGGCCAUGCCUCAAUACGGCUACUCAGCUGUUGUUCCUACUGGAUACCAGCCUGCCCCAACUUCAUCAAAGCCAUACGAAGCAUCAACUCCCAGUGCCUACCACGCCUCGACUCCGGCCUCCUCCAAGGUGUACGAAGCAUCCACCCCCAGCUCUCAGCUCCGCUGUACCCUACCCGGUGAACACUCCUUCAUCCUCGAAGGUUGCCCCUCAACCCACUGGCUACGUCGCCUACCCCCACUACUAAGCUACUCAGGUAGCUUGAGCACUUUCACUUCUUAUCUCAAGCAACAAUUACGAGCGGCAGAGGUGUCGAAACAGUAACGUAGGAACUGUGGCCUUGCUUUCCUCACCUUGCAUUGCUCAAGCGUUUCUGUCCAAAUUUGGUUGUUUUCAUGCGUUUGGAAUUUCUUCUCAUACUUCAACUGUUUAUAUUCAACGAACAACUGGUAUAGAAUGGUUACGAUAGGUACGAGUUUAGUAGUAGACACAUCUUAUGACCCAACUUU